AUGCCUUUUAUGACUCAAAUAAAUCAACCUGAAACUCAGUUUCUAAUCGCUUGCAACAGUUGGAGGGAAGAUUCAAAGGCGCGAAAGAAAGAGGAAGAUAAAACGAUUGAAAAACAGGGAGUUUCAGCUUCAGAAUGA